AUGGCUCCCUCUACAACUGUUCCUACCGCGUCCCGGGUCGAGGUCCCCGAGACACUCCUCAAAAAGCGCAAGCAAUCCGAUAAGCAGAGGGAGGAAAAGCUUGCUGCUGUUCUUGCGGCGCGCAAGGCCCGUGCUGCCAAGCGCAGCGUCAUCUUCAAGCGCGCCGAGACCUAUGUGAAGGAAUACCUCGAGAAGGAGCAGGAGGAGGUCAGGCUCCGCCGUGCUGCCCGUGCCGCAGGUGACUUCUACAUCCCCGGCCAAGCCAAGGUGCUCUUCGUUGUCCGCAUCAAGGGUAUCAACAAAAUUGCCCCCAAGCCUCGCAAGAUCUUGCAGCUCCUCCGUCUCCUCCAGAUCAACAAUGGUGUUUUUGUCAAGGUCACCAAGGCUACCGGCCAGAUGCUCCGUCUCGUCGAGCCCUACAUCACCUUUGGCGAGCCCAACCUCAAAACCGUCCGUGAGUUGAUCUACAAGCGUGGCUAUGCCAAGGUCAACAAGCAGCGCGUCCCCCUCUCGGACAACGCCGUGAUCGAGAAGGAGCUUGGCAAGUUUGGUAUCAUCUCGAUCGAAGAUCUUGUCCAUGAGAUCUUCACUGUUGGCCCCAACUUCAAGCAGGCCAGCAACUUCUUGUGGCCCUUCAAGCUGUCCAACCCUACCGGCGGCUGGAGGACGAGGAAGUUCAAGCACUACGUCCAGGGAGGUGACCAGGGCAACCGUGAAGACAACAUCAACAAGCUCGUCAGGCAAAUGAACUAA